AUGUGGCACAUAUGUCUUAAUUACAGAGAAUUUAAAUUUGCACAAACAGUUAUAUACGCAAUUGAAGAGAUAAAUAAAAAUCCAACUCUUCUCCCACAACAUAGAUUAGGGUAUAGAAUCUACAAUGCCUGUGGAUACUCGAACAUACUAAGGUCUGCAAUGGCAUUAGUAAAUGGUGUGGAACACGUUACUGAAGGAAAGAACUGUUCAAAAACAGUCAGAGCACAAGCUAUAAUAGGCCACUCAGGCUCCAGCCCAACUGUGGGUUUCAUGCGAAUAAUAGGACGUUUUCAUGUCCCAGUGAUCAGCCACUUUGCCACAUGUCCUUGCUUGAGUAACAGAAAAGAGUUCCCCUCCUUCUUCAGAACCAUUCCCAGUGAUUACUACCAAAGCAGGGCUAUGGCUCAACUUGUCAAACACUUUGGCUGGACCUGGGUUGGAGCCAUAAGUAACGCAAAUUAUUAUGGCAUCAAUGGGAUGGCUGGCUUUGUGAGAGCAGCAAAAGAGGAGGGAGUGUGUAUUGAAUAUAAUAAGGCUUUUGAGAGCACAAAUCCUGAACAUUCAGUUCGCCAGAUAGUAGACGUCAUACGAAACUCCACAUCAAAAGUGGUCGUCACAUUUAUGUCUCACAGGGAGAUCAAAGUGUUAGUGGCAGAACUGCACAAGCAGAACAUUUCUGGUCUGCAGUGGGUUGGCAGUGAAGCAUGGCUCACAGAUGAUUCCCUUACAGACAGUGAAGGGCACACGUUUCUCAUUGGAUCCAUAGGUUUUACUGUCAGCAAGGCACAGAUUCCUGGUCUGGGACCUUUUCUACAGAACCUACACCCUUCCCAGUAUCCGAACAGUCUUUUCCUGAGAGACUUUUGGGAAUCAGUCUUUGUCUGUUCUCUGAAUCCACCAAUGGAAAAUGAUGAUAGAAAACAGUGCAAUGGAUCUGAGCAUCUCAGAAAUGUCAAUAAUCAGUUUACUGAUGUGUCUGAGCUAAGGUUCACCUAUAAUGUCUAUAAAGCUGUAUACGCUGUGGCACAUGCGUUACACAAUCUCCACACUUGUCAGCCUGGAAAAGGACCCUUUAUCAAUGGCACCUGUGCUGGAACCACUAAGAUACAGCCCUGGCAGAUAUUACAAUACCUACAACAAGUCAAUUUCAGCACAAAACAGGGUGAGAAUGUAUAUUUUGAUGAACAGGGAGAUUCUCCUGCAAGAUACGAUCUAAUAAAUCUACAAAAUGUCCAUAAAGGAACUAUGGAGGUAGUCAAAAUCGGCCAUUACGAUGGAUUUUUGCCCAAAGGACAACAACUCAAAAUUCGAAAUGUGCCUGUGUCUGUGUGUAGUAAGAGCUGCCGUCCAGGCACCAGGAAGGCUUUGCAGAAAGGAAAGCCUGUCUGCUGCUACCAGUGCAUACCAUGUGGAGCAGGAGAAAUAAGCAACACCACAGAUGCAUCUGAUUGUCUGAAGUGUCCUCCAACAUACUGGUCCAACUGGAAAGGUGAUCAGUGUGUCUUAAAGACAAUUGAAUUUCUAUCCUACAAUGAAGUGAUGGGAAUAAUUCUAACAUUUAUUUCCUUGUUGGGUGCCAGUUUGACCAUGUUAAUUGCAGUUAUUUUCUGCCAGCACAGACAUACACCUAUAGUCAAAUCCAACAACUCUGAGCUGAGUUUCCUGCUGCUCUUCUCACUGACUCUGUGUUUCCUUUGUUCUCUUACUUUCAUUGGUCGGCCCUCUGAGUGGUCCUGUAUGUUGCGUCACACAGCGUUUGGGAUCACCUUCGUUCUCUGUAUCUCCUGUGUUCUGGGGAAAACAAUAGUGGUGUUAAUGGCCUUCAGAGCCACUCUUCCAGGCAGUAAUGUCAUGAAGUGGUUUGGGCCUCUGCAACAGAGACUCAGUGUUUUUGGCUUCACUCUCAUUCAAGUGCUCAUCUGUGUCCUUUGGUUAACUAUAUCUCCUCCAUUCCCAUAUCAGAAUAUGAAUCUUUACCCAGACAGGAUAAUUCUCGAGUGUCAUGCAGGUUCGGCUAUAGGAUUUUGGGCCAUAUUAGGUUACAUAGGACUCCUUGCUCUCUUGUGUUUCAUACUGGCUUUUCUGGCACGUAAGCUACCUGAUAACUUUAAUGAGGCCAAAUUUAUCACAUUCAGCAUGCUGAUAUUCUGUGCCGUCUGGAUCACCUUUAUCCCAGCAUAUGUCAGUUCUCCCGGAAAAUUCACUGUGGCUGUGGAGAUAUUUGCUAUUUUGGCAUCUAGUUUUGGUUUAUUAUUUUGUAUUUUCAUUCCCAAAUGCUAUGUUAUAAUUUGUCGGCCAGAUGAAAAUACAAGGAAGCAUAUCAUGAGAAAGAAUGUACAUUAA